AUGGUAUUGUUGAGGUUGAAGGUCACUCAUCAGGAAUAUUAUACAAGGACUACUUUAUGUCAACUGUACCUGUGUAUUCCUCCACCCAGGGACUACUUCCGACUGAGCGUGCCCAACUACCAGGAGUGGUUCCAGGAGUCUGUGGUGUUCUGGCUUCACAUGUUCCGGGCGGAGUGUAACACACGGGUACACAGGGCUCUGGAGAUUGACAGAGAUGUGAACAUGACUACUUUGAGAAGAAGCUUUCUGUCCAUUGAGGUACUGUGUCUAGCUAUCAUUUUUAUUCCAAGCCAUGCUGAAGUGAUCCACAAAUUUGCCACCAUCGACUAUGAGUGGCCAAACGCCACUGCCCUUGCCCAGAGCUUGGCUAAUGGAGAUUUUGCCUCCAAAACCGGGGUCGUGUCGCAUUCAGACGUGAAAGGGAUCCCACCGGGCCUCACCACAGUCGUCAAGUGCGCUGAUGGUAAAUCAGUUCUUCGACCAUAUCCCAACUGGGAUGCUCAGAAAAUUGGAGACUGCAGCGCUCUGCAACUCCCCAUGAGCAUGGCUAUAAACCCGAACACUGGAUAUCUUUACGUCAUUGACAUUGGUCGUGUUGGAAUUUCGUCCCCAAAUCCUACCAAUCUCUGUCCAGCUAAACUAAUCGUGUACGAUACAGUUCUGGGCGGUUCCACUAUAUUGAGCUAUGAGUUUCCAGACUCUGUUGUCUCGAGAACGACCAAUUACCUCAACGAUAUCGUACUUGACUACGUAAACCCAAAAGGGGCGUGUGGAGUGAAGUAUGCCUACAUGACCGACACAAUGACGAGGUCGCUCGUCGUCUAUGACUUCUCCCACAAGUCGUGGGUUUACAAGGACCCUGUCAGCAUGGGUACUGACAAUGACCAAGACAUCACCAUCCACGGCAUCAUAUACCCGGUGGACGUCGGCGUCGGAGGAAUCGCAAUGUCCCCCCACUUUCAACUACCUCUAUUACUCUUCUGUCGGAUCCAAGAAGUUGUAUCAAGACAGGUUCAUACAUGGGUUCUGAGAACGCCAGGCAAUGACUUUGUUAGUACCACACGCCUUGUGGGCAGCAAGAAGUCUCAGGGUGGAGGGAUGGUUUUUGGACACAAGGGACUUUUCUUCGGAGCUUUGGAAUAUGACGCUGUGUACAAACGGGACAUGGAAGCUGACGUAAUAUCCCAGGGUGUGUCGGAAGGGGAGGCUGUCAUGGAGACCCAGGACCCUGCGGCUCAGAACUGGCAGACCAUGCAAUGGACGGACGCCCUUUCCCUGGACAACGAGUCCAACCUGUACUUCACAACCAACAGACUGCAAAAGUUCGUCACCAACAAAAUGGACUUCGACGGAGGAGAUGGCGCUAAUUUCAGAAUCUUCAAGUACAAUGUACACGAUAAGUCCUACUUGUUUCCUGCUGUACCUGAACGCCCCGAGUCCAUCGUAGGAUAA